AUGGAUCUACCACAGUUUUUUGAUGGAUUUAAAGGAGAAAUAUUUUAUCCUAAAAAAGAUCGUAAUGAAUAUUUGCAUAAAUCUUAUCAAUAUGCAAAAAGUUCAUUUCGUAGUAUCAAAGAUAUGAACCCCAAAUUUGUGCUGUAUCCGAAAGCAACAAAUGAUGACGAUUUUGAUGAUAUUUAUAUAGCGUUAAAAUACGCUCAAAUGAAUAAUUUGAAAGUUGCUAUUCGUACAGGUGGGCAUCAAUAUACCGGUGCGUCUUCUACCGAUCGUAACAACAUACAAUUAGAUUUAUCUAAUACAUAUAAGAAUUUUGUGUGGAAACAUAAGAACACUGAAUUAGAAAUUGGAAUUAGUCACUCAUUGGAUGAGUUUGCGAAAAUAUUACAAGAUAAAGGACGGUUCUUACCGAUGGGUCAAUGUGAAUAUGUAAGUUUGGGAGGACAUAUACAAACUGGUGGUUAUGGACAACUCGGGAGGGGUUUUGGUCUUUUAAUAGAUUAUAUUAAGGAGAUUAAGAUUAUAUCUUAUGACGAAACUGAAAAAAAAUAUAUAGCAAAAUGGAUUAAAAAAGGUGCCGAAUUAUUUCGUGCUGUCAUUGGUGGUAGCCCGGGUAAUUUCGGUGUAAUUACACACGUUAAGUUUAAUGUUUUAAAGGAUCGCAAUUAUUCACCUCGUGAAUUUUUUGGAGUUUGUGAAUACGAUCCUGGAUAUUUUAAAAAAUUCUUGGAUAUAAUAUUAGAAACCGUCGACGAAGAUGAUUUUGAUUAUUGUGUCACACUCAUAUCUGACUCAGGUAUAGAAGAUAUUGGAAAUGUCUUAGAUAAUGAUCCAUCAUAUGACGAAACAUAUAAUCGACAAACGUAUGUUAAUAGUGGUGAUGAAGAUGUUGUUUGGCCAACUAUGAUCAUCAUACACGCUUAUCAUUAUCAAAAAUACGACGAAAACACUUCUCCAAUUAAGAAAAUAAAAGAUGUUGUUAAAGAACCAAAGAAAUGGACAAUUGUAACAGACACAACAAAAAAGGAUAUUAAAGUUUCAGAUUUAGUUAGAGAUUGGAUUGUGUUUAUCAGAAGAGAAUUUCAAUUGCAGUAUAUAAAGCGUGGGUAUUUUACCGAUUGGGAAGCAAGCAAGUUAAUUGAUACUAAUUGGUCCGCUUGGGUUACCAAUCGUGUUAACUUAGCAAUACAUAAAAAAUUAAAACUUGCAGCUCAAUUCAAAUACUAUGGUGGUGCAGAAUCCGAAUUUUAUAAGAAAGGCGUAGAAAACCAGGAUAAAACAUCAAUUAGUUGGCGAAAUAUGAAUUUUGGAUUUACCUUUGACGUAUUUUUCGAAAAAGAGAAAUUUCAUUUAGCAAGCGAAUGGCAAAGAGAAAAUGAUAAAUGUGUUUCAGUGAAUAAUCCUAUAUUUUCUGAUAAAGAUAUGCGUUUGUUAUGGGCUUCUCAUGACUUAAAUCUCGAUUAUUUUCAUGAUUGUUAUUAUGAAACUGAAGACAAAUAUAAAAACUUAUGUGAAUUAAGAGAUAAAUAUGAUCCUGAUAAAAUUUUUAUUCCUAAUAAUUUUUGUGUUGGUGUAAAGGAUGAAGCUCCAAAAGAAGAUUUAAAAAACAUAUUAGACGAGAAUUGUGAAAAAUUCAAGAAAAUGAUAUCAGGGAGAGGUUUUACUCCGAUUUGGAAAACAUGGAGGGGUUUUGAGAGAAAGGAUUUUGAGAGAAAGG